GGGGGAUCCAACAUGGCGGCUGCGGCGACCCUGGCGAUGGCGGUGCAGCCCAUCAGAACGUAGUGGCGGGGAAGGGGGCACGGUCCGCACUCACGGUGGCGUCGGCGGAGACAGCUGAGGGUGGUGGAGGGAAGAAAAGCGACGGAGAGCAAAAGGAAGGGCAGGCAGGCAAACAACUCGGCGAAGAAACGAGCGCCGGCUCGAGCGAAGGCAGAGGGCCAGAACAGUGGGGAUGGCGGAGCCACGCAGAGUAGCGUUUAUUAGCCUGUCACCGGUGAGGCGGCGCGAGGCCGAGUACCCGGGGGCCGAACGCGAGCCCGAAUACCCUCGCGAGCCCCCCCGGCUGGAGCCGCAGCCGUACCGCGAGCCCGUCCGGCCGGAGCAGCUAGCCCCGCGGGAGGCUGCCCCCCGGUCGGACGCGCAGCCCCCGCCGCGGGAGAAGCCGCUCCCCCAGCGCGAGGUCAGCCGCGCCGAGCCGCCCAUGUCGCUGCAGCGCGAGCCCCCGCGGCCCGAGCCGCCGCCGCCGCCGCCGCCUCCGCUCCCGCAGUUGCACUUGCAGCCGCCCCCGCCGCGGGAGUCGGUUUCCCGGGCCGAGCCGCAGCAGAGGCCGCCGAGGGAGACCGUACGCCUGGAGCUGGUGCUCAAGGAUCCCACCGACGAGAGCUGCGUGGAGUUCAGUUACCCGGAGCUGCUACUGUGCGGAGAACAACGGAAGAAACCUGUUUACACGGAAGACCCGUUUAAUGAUGAUCAUCAAGAGAGGCAAGAAGUGGAAAUGCUGGCUAAGAAGUUUGAAAUGAAAUAUGGUGGGAAGCCCCGUAAACACCGGAAGGAUCGGCUACAAGAUUUAAUUGAUAUAGGCUUUGGCUAUGAUGAAACAGAUCCAUUUAUUGAUAACUCAGAGGCUUAUGACGAAUUAGUUCCUGCGUCUCUAACAACAAAAUACGGAGGCUUUUACAUCAACACCGGCACUCUCCAGUUUCGCCAAGCUUCAGACACUGAAGAAGAAGAUCUCACAGACAGCCAGAAGCACAAGCCACCCAAAAUUCCCAAAAUAAAAGAAGAUGAUAUUGAGAUGAAGAAGCGCAAGCGGAAAGAGGAAGGGGAAAAGGAGAAGAAGCCAAGGAAAAAAGUACCCAAACAACUGGGAGUUGUGGCUCUAAAUUCACACAAAUCAGAAAAAAAGAAGAAACGUUAUAAAGAUUCUCUUUCUCUAGCUGCCAUGAUACGAAAAUUUCAAAAGGAGAAGGAUGCGUUAAAGAAGGAGUCUAACCCUAAAGUCCCAGUGACGUUAUCGACUUCCUCUCUGAAUAAAGCUCCCUCUGCUGCUGCAGCACUGGGAAAUGAUGUCUCGGAACUCAGUCUGAAUAGUGCUGGUCCAGACCUCCCCAUUUUUGUUAGCACAAAUGAACAUGAACUAUUUCAGGAAGCUCAGAAUGCCCUCGAGAUGCUAGAUGAUUUCGACUUUGACAGAUUACUGGAUGCUGCUUCUAACGGUAGCCCCCUCUCUGAAUCAGGGGGAGAGAAUGGAAAUACCACCCAGCCAACCUAUGCCUCUCAGGUUAUGCCCAAGGUGGUACCUACACUCCCAGAGGGUCUACCUGUCCUUCUUGAAAAACGUAUUGAAGACCUCCGUGUAGCUGCCAAACUUUUUGAUGAAGAAGGAAGGAAAAAAUUCUUUACACAGGAUAUGAAUAAUAUUCUUCUGGACAUUGAGUUACAGCUCCAGGAACUAGGCCCUGUCAUUCGUAGCGGUGUCUACUCCCACCUUGAAGCUUUCGUGCCAUGUAAUAAAGAAACACUGGUAAAACGUCUAAAGAAGUUACAUCUCAACGUUCAGGAUGAUCGUUUAAGAGAACCUCUGCAAAAACUGAAACUGGCUGUUAGCAAUGUCAUGCCUGAACAGCUAUUUAAAUACCAGGAGGACUGCCAGGCUCGUAAUCAAGCUAAGUGUGCCAAGUUUCAAACAGAUGAAGAACGAGAAAAAAAUGGAUCCGAGGAAGAUGAUGAUGAGAAACCAGGGAAACGUGUCAUAGGACCAAGGAAGAAAUUCCACUGGGAUGACACCAUCAGAACUUUGUUAUGUAACCUUGUUGAGAUCAAAUUGGGAUGCUAUGAGUUAGAGCCAAAUAAAAGCCAGUCUGCUGAGGAUUAUCUUAAAUCCUUUAUGGAGACAGAGGUGAAACCAUUGUGGCCUAAGGGCUGGAUGCAGGCAAGAAUGCUUUUUAAGGAAAGUCGGAGUGUACAUAAUCAUCUUACUUCUGCUCCGGCAAAGAAAAAGGUGAUUCCUGCACCGAAACCCAAAGUGAAGGAGUGUAGUCCAAAGAAGGACCAGAAGACUCCUGCAUCCUUGGUGGCUUCAGCGGGUGGUCCUUCGACAAGCUCUAGCACAUCUGCUGUGGCCUCCACCAGUUCUGGCUCGACACCAGCCCAAGAGACAAUCUGCCUUGAUGACUCCCUAGAUGAAGAACUUUCUUUUCAUCCACCUGCACUGGAUCUUGUUUCUGAAGCUUUAGCUGUUAUCAAUAACGGGAACAAGGGCCCUCCAGCUGGCUCAAGGAUAAGCAUGUCAACUGCAAAGCCUCGUCCAGGACUGAGAGAAGAAAAAUUAGCAAGUAUCAUGAGUAAACUGCCACUGGCUACUCCCAAAAAGCUAGAUUCUACUCAGACCGCACAUUCAUCAAGUCUUAUUGCUGGUCACACAGGGCCAGUACCAAAGAAACCCCAGGAUUUAGCUCAUACUGGCAUCUCUUCAGGCCUUAUUGCUGGUUCUUCGAUUCAGAACCCUAAAGUUUCCUUAGAACCUUUGCCAGCCAGGCUUCUUCAGCAAGGACUACAGAGGUCAAGCCAGAUUCAUGCUUCUCCCUCUUCGCAGACCCAUGUCUCCUCCUCUUCCCCAGCCCAGGUUGCUGCCUCCUCUCAUGCUCUGGGGACAUCAGAGGCCCAAGAUGCUUCUUCAUUAACACAGGUGACAAAGGUGCCCCAGCAUUCAGCUGUCCAACAGAACUAUGUGUCUCCACUGCAAGCAACUAUUAGUAAAUCACAGACCAAUCCGGUGGUUAAGUUAAGUAAUAAUCCCCAGCUGUCCUGUUCUUCCCCACUUAUCAAGACUUCAGAUAAGCCGCUUAUGUACCGCCUUCCCUUAUCUACUCCCUCACCUGGAAAUGGUUCUCAAGGGUCCCACUCGCUGGUUUCUAGGACAGUACCUAGCACCACUACCUCCAGUAACUAUUUAGCCAAGGCUAUGGUGUCACAAAUCUCCACGCAGGGUUUCAAAUCUCCCUUCUCCAUGGCUGCAUCCCCCAAACUUGCCGCAUCUCCAAAACCUGCCACAUCUCCUAAACCCUUGCCCUCACCUAAGCCUUCUGCCUCACCCAAGCCCUCUCUGUCAGCUAAGCCUUCAGUAUCAACUAAACUUAUUUCUAAGUCCAACCCAACUCCCAAGCCUACUGUACCCCCAAGUUCUUCCAGUCCAAAUGCACUAGUGGCCCAGAGUAGCCACUCCAGCGGUAAUAACCCAGUCCACAAACAGCCCAGUGGAAUAAACAUCAGCAGACAGUCUCCCACCUUGAAUUUACUGCCCUCUAAUCGCACUUCCGGCCUUCCGUCUACAAAAAAUCUUCAGACCCCUUCAAAGCUAACGAACUCCUCAUCCCCUGGAACUGUUGGGAAGAACAGCUUGAGUGGAAUUGCAGUGAAUGUACCUGCCGGCAGAGGCAGCAACCUUAACUCAAGCGGCGCUCAUAGGACUAGUCUGUCUGGGGGAACAGGAAGUGGAACACAGGGUGCUACUAAACCGUUGUCUACUCCACACAGACCAUCCUCUGCCUCAGGGUCUUCAGUGGUAACAGCCAGUGUGCAGUCCACAGCAGGAGCAUCAUUAUUGGCUAAUGCCUCACCUCUGACUCUCAUGACAUCACCUUUGUCUGUAACAAAUCAAAAUGUGACUCCUUUUGGGAUGCUGGGUGGCCUUGUUCCAGUGACCAUGCCCUUCCAGUUUCCCUUGGAGCUACUUGGCUUUGGAACGGACACAGCUGGAGUGACAACCACCUCGGGAUCUACCUCAGCCGCUUUCCACCAUAGCCUAACUCAGAAUUUACUAAAGGGUUUACAGCCAGGAGCUCAGCGCGCAGCAGCACUUUCCCACUCAGCUCUGCCUGCUCAUUCACAGCAAACAUUCAAUGAUGGAGGCCAAAGCAAAGGGGACACUAAGUUACCACGGAAAUCUCAGUGACUUCCCAGCGAGCAAAGGAGAUGACACACACUCGGCUGGCUGAUGGAAUCUACCUGAUGGGAAAGUACUCACGUGGUCAUAGGGCUGCUGUUCUGUCGAUGUUUACAUUCUCUCGUCCCAAGCACUGUGGUGAGGAGGAAAAAGAAGAGAAAACAUUACUUGAGUAAAGCCAGGUGCGGGAGGAAGAAAUGCUCUCGUGCAAAGUUAGUGACCUUCGGUCUCUUCUAAGGAAAGACAGCGUUACCAUGUUAACUGACUUGAAAGAGACUCAGUUGUCAAACCCACAGAAGUACAAAUUUGAUUUUUCCCGGGGGGGAAAAGGAAGGAAAAUUGAGGAUUUGGGUAAACUCCAUCCAUCCUGGGGGUUGGAUUUGAACACGUGUAGACAGAAUUGCAUAAUAAAAGGCACUAUAUCUCAAAUUAGGCCAGUUUGUCAGGAAUAAUGACCAUGUCUGUUUGAAUGGACUAUGCAGCAAAUUCGCCACAAAAAAAGUUAAUGACCCUAUGUCUGAUAUAGACAGUAGCUGAGUGUAAAUCAUGUACCCUCAAAAAUCCUGAACAAACUUGAAUCUUCUCCAGAGUGUAGCAACUCCCAUAUAAAUUAGUGGACUAAAUAUGCUUCAGGAAAGUUAUUUUAGCACAGUGAUAUAUAUUAUUACAUUUUUAAAAGUCAAAAAAUUGAGCCUGUUGCUCUUAACAGACGAAACUUAGAUGUCCCCUUUUUGUAAAAGGGUCAAUUACAUCUUCCAUUCAGAAGCAGAUACUUAACUCUCUUCUUCAGGUGAUUUGUGCAUCUGGUAUUGACUGGUUAAUUCUUAUUUCCAUUCCUGAUGUUAAAAUGUGACUGGGCUCACAUUUUCCUCUCGAGAAAUGGGGAUCUUUGAUGUAGGGCUGCGGCUUUGGUCCACUUAGCCUUUGCAGGCCUGCCAGUAGGAACUGUAAAUUUCCCUCAACAGCACCUCAACUCACAACUUCUCCUUCUGUUCUUUUCGCUAUUGCUAUUUCAGAUGAUUAUUAACUAUUGAUAUAAAUAGGUAUAAGUGUGUAUUACAGUGCGUCUUCAUUGGUCAUUCAAAUAGCAUAUAUAUAUAUUUUUUUGGAAUUUUGAAGAAGGUAUUUUAAAGGGAGGAAUUAAAUUAGGAUCAUUAUGUGUACAGGGGAUUAUUUUUAUAACAGUCACGGUGUAUUUUUACUCCCUCAAUCCACUACAGUGAAAUUGAUUUGGAGCAUUUGGUAUCUUAAAAUCUUUACUAAUAUUUACUCAAAGUAUUAAUAUGGGACUAAACCUGCAGCUAAUAAGAAUCCUUUGUUAUUAGAGCUUCCUCGUGCAAAUAGCAUAUUCAACAAAGGAUGUUAAGGGAGAAAUUUACGGUUAUGUUUAGAUACAUUUUGUGUGAUUUUUUUUUUUUUUUUUUAACCUCAUCAUUGUUAUAGUCUCUCUUUUUUCUUCCUGUUUAGGUUUCUGAAUGUUUUCAAACUGUACCCAAGAAUGGUAUAAGCUUGGUCCAUUAAUAAUGACAGACUAACCUAAAAAGCAGCAUCGCAUUGGUAGUAGCAAGAUUUCUUGCAUGUGUUUUCAUUACAAAUCAUCUUAUGCAAUUAAGUUUAUUCAGAUAAGGGUAUUAACCAGGCCCUUUUUCAUUUACAUAAGUGAAAGUCCCAAGUAGCCUUUAGGACUGUGAAUAAAUUACCCCAGAUCUCUCUAGAUCUGUAGGCCUAUAUUUUGACUUCAAAGUCACAUUGGCUUGCUUCAUAGCAAAACAAAACAAAACAAAAACCUUAAUAACUGCAAACUUUAGUUCCAAGAACUUGUUAUGGUAUGAGGAAAGGAUUACUUCAAGGGAUUCGUUGAUAUAAUUACUUGCCUCCAAGAGUUUAGUUUACCAGUAAAGCAAAUGAGAAUGUUGUAUCAUCCCGGGUGGAUGUUUUGGAAGGAUAUUGGGAUGUUGUUGCAGAUCAAUUUGACUUGAAUUGAGAGUGAUUAACGUUUAUGUGGUUAAUGAGGGAAGCUUACCCGAUUCUUGAGUUGUUCCAGUGUAGCAUACCUCUUGCUUUUAUCUAAUUUAGAAAAAAGAAGUCUUUCCUUUGGGAAGCUGCCUUUGUUUCCCUUCCCAUACCAGGAGAAAAGUCAGAGUGAGCGCAUGAUUAAUCUCUCUCCCUGCUGCUAACCGCAUGUAUUCAACUCUGUGUGUACAUCUGUGCACACAGGUUUAUCUCUAUAUAAGUUCAUCAGUAGUUUAAGUUGAGCAAGGACAACCUUAAUUUCUAAAAUCCGUAAACUCUGAAUCACGCCAUGUGGCGAUCCCUGAUGACUCUUUGUCUUCCUUAGAGGAGAGCAGGAUUUCAGUUGCCCCCGCUCCCCAUAUGAUUUUAUAACUAACCAGUAAAAAUAUCUGAAGGACCUUGGCUCUGAGAAAUCCUCACGUGUGGAGAUUCUAUUCGGAUUGUCUUCGCUCUGAUGCCUCGAGGACCGCUGCCUCACCCCCACCUCAUUUUCAUGACCUUACUCUGUUUCAGUCAAGACUACCCUUUUAUGUUGCACAAAUGCAACAGACAUCCCUCUCUUUCUUAAAAAGUAUGAUCAAAGAGUUACUACAUGUAAAUACCUAUUUCUUUUCUAGGUCACGACAUUGAAAAUGGUGUCCCUACUGUACAGUCACCUAUCUUUACAGUUUUUCUUACUAAAAACAAACAUACAAAUUGGUUAUUUUUUAGCACAGAGACUUGUGACUCAUACUCUAUUUUUGCACUUGAAAGUCAAAUUUUGUUAUUUUUUAAAAUGGUGCGUACUUGGAAAGGAUGUGGAGCAAUGUGUGUUUCUGAACAGAGAGCAUUAACAGCCUCCCAGUGUAAAAGCAAUCAGCACACGUAGUUAUGUCCCAUUCAGUGGGAUUCUUGAUUCAGGAAAAGUAAGCUGUCUGUUUUCAACUGUCUUGUAUUUUAAAUUGCCUUCCCUGAUGUAUAAGCUGUUACUGUACAUACCAGUUGAUCCUCAGUAUUCACAAGCAAUAAUGUAUGGUCAGCAGAGUUGUCCUCAGAGAUAGCAGUGCUGAGCCUGGGUUGGAGACUGAGAGCAAAGUGUCAAGCUCAUUCAGAGCCUCCAAAAUUAAUGCAAGCAAUAAUUUCAUUAUUAAGUCGAUUAUAAUCCUUUCUCAUAUGCUUCUGAGAUCAUAGGGUAAAAGAAAUCAUGAUUUUAAAACAGCCUUGAAGAAAUUAGGGCAAAGAAGUGAGGUUAAUCUGAAGACACAAAAUCUUAAUAUCGAGGGAAUCAGAGGAUUGUGUUAGUACAUCCUUUCAUGCCUGCCACCCCUUUGAUGGAUGUUGUUAGCCCAAAUUACUUUCAUAUAUAUAUAUAGAAGCUGAAUAGGCUUUAUUGCGUCACCAACACAGGAGGAAGAACCGGGCAACGUACAUGUUUGAAUGCUGUGGGUUUGACACCUGUUUGAAAACAACUUAUAUGAAAAGAUUUUUAACCCAGGAUUUUUUUUUUCCCAAAGCAGAUCUAAAUUGUUUACUACCCAGGGUUGGAAAGGGCAGACACCUCUAGUCUUUCUCCUCUCAUUGCCCUCUACCACAUCCCUUUCCACCUCUACGUGGGUCAAGACAUUUUCUGAAAUGGAAAUUCUACUGUUACUCAAACUGCCAUUGAUUAUGAGAACGCUGUGUCCUUGGCAUCAUCUCCUAGGACUCCAGUUAUCUAUCAUAUUUGCUGCUACAUUUGUAAAAUGAACUUUGCCUGUAAUGGUCAACUGUAAUCUAAUUUGCAGGUUUGUUUUUUGUUGUUGUUUUUUUUUUUUUUUUUCCUUUUCUAGGAGGUUUUAGAAUUUGACCCAUGUAUAAUAGAGUUAGGAUACUUUAUUUUAGGGGUGUAUCAUAAAAGCACACUGGCCCCUCCCUGUAUUCUUUCUGUCAUCAUUUAGAUUUUGAACUUUUGUUUGCAUUUUUUGUUCAUUGAUGUUUGUUUUGUCUUGAUAUUAGCUAUAGAAGAGUGAGAGGAAUCUGUAAUCAGGCCAAACUUGAGAACUUUCCCUGUGCUUUAUUUAGCACUAUAUUUUCUGCUGUCCUUAUGUUCUCAGAAGGGCACUUUUUACCUUCCAUUAUGCAUGUAUGAUUGUUUUUUUUUGUUUUGUUUGUUUUUUGCUUUUAGGGGGCUUUUGUUCUUGUAAUAAUAAAGCAGAAGAAAAAUGCAGUAGUAGGUAAAUGAUUAAAAACCUGUUAUACAGUUUUAUUUUAUACAAUGUAAGGGAAAAAGUUUAACCCUGUAAGUCAUUUCUUAGCUCUGGUAAAAUGGCAUAUAUUACUCCUCUAAAACAUGCUCCAUUCAGGCCUUUGUCUUUGUUAAGUGCCUUUUUUUCUUUCUUUUUCCCCCUUUUGAAACUGGUCUCAGAUAUCCUAAAGUACAGGCUAAUAAGUCAGGGGAUUCAGGAGGAAGAAUCUCAAACUUGCCAAGACCACAUCAUGCUAUGAUAUUCUUCCUUUUCCUUAUAUGUAUAUGGAUAAUAUGUGUAAGAUACAUACAUACAUACAUGCAUACAUAUAUGUGUGUGUGUAUAUAUAUAUGUAUACAUAUGUUAUAUGUAUAUAAAAAAAACUAGUAGCUGCUGUACCAUUGCAUCUUUUCCAAGCACUCCCCUUUUAAUGUUUGCAAAACUUUGCCUUGUUUAUUCCACUGCUUUUAGUUGAUUCAAAUGGGUGGGUUGGGAAAUUGUCUUUCCACAAGAUGCUGUCUUUCCCCCUUUAAAUAAUCUGUUUGUAGCAGUUAAUAGCAACAGCAACUAUAUAUAUAUAUAUAUACACACACACACACACACAUAUUUCCAUAUAUAUAUAUAUAUAUAGUUAUUACAAAUAUAAUAAAUUUAGUGGACUCACUGACUCUUCCUGGAUGUAACCCACUACUCUGUGCCCUUCAGGCUUGGCAUGAGUAACGUUAGAGAAAGCGUUGGAAUAAUAAGAGUCUUUCCAGGUCAAGUUGAUAAUGACACUGUGGCAGGCAGGACUGAAGACAAGGGAGAGCUCGAGUUUAGAACUGUGGUAUUGGAUCUGAGUUUUGAAGGAAGUUAGAGAGUUUGUCAACAUUAAAAAUGAAUCAUAUAUUCUUCUGGGAAAUGAUUUUUUUAAGAAUUCCUAUAGCUGCAUAUUUGUCAAAAAGUUAACAAACUUAACUAGAAAGAUUUCAGAUACUGAGGAAAACACUCCUGUAACCUACAGCCUUUUUGAGAGAUCUUCAGUUUUUUCUUUUUGCCAGAUAAUUGCAUUUGGCUUAAUAUGGUUUGACAGUUCUUUAGGUUUCUCCCUUGAGCAAAAUAACAUAAUAUUUGGUAGCUUAAGAUUCAUCUGUUUCUUGUUGAUAACAGAUGUGACAUGUUGGGGGGGAGACCAAGCUGAACCAAUGCUCAAAACCCAGCACAAAUCUAUCUAAUAACCCCCCACCUCCCUUAAAUACAUUUUAACUGUGAAGAGGAGACUGGUGGCCAAAAAGGAGAAAGCAGAGGCUCCUGGUAGUGUUACCUGAUAGCACAACUGUUAGCAGGUGGCCUCAACUCAGUCAUGUUAACUCUCGGAUUAUUAUGUUUAGGAGGAAUAUCAUUUAACCUUUGUGCCUCAGAUUACCCAUUAGAAAAUUGGGUAUAAUAAUAUUCACCUACCUCCCAGGGAUAUCAGAGACUUUUUCAAAAAUAUUUUGAGUUUUUCUAAAAUGUCCUAUAUAAUUAAAAAAAAAGUAUUAUCAUCUUCCUUCAGAGGCUGAAAAAUAUUUCCCUUAUGAUGGGUAUAAAAAGCACCAUACAAUUUUUAAGUUAAAAAAAGAAUCACUGGAAUUCUAAUUUAGAUGCAUAUUUGUUAUUUAAACAUAUUAUAUUUGUGGUGGGAUAAAGUGGUUAGUUUCAGGUUAAGAAGGGGGAAGUGGGUAAAUAACACUAAGUUUCUUAAUUAUAAGUAGAUCUUUUAGCCAUUUAUGGAAUUAUUACGUGUGUGAUUUUUGCCAGGGUUAUGGAGCUGAAGCUAGAUCAACGUUGGAUGAUUGGUUAUUAGAGUCGAUUAAGGAUCCCAAAAGUUUUAUCUGCCUCACUUUGCCAUCGUCUCAAUCUAAUUUCCUUAUAUUACUUGUUUAGUGAUGGAUAGUAAGCUUUUAACUUGUUGAGAAUGAAUGAGAGUCUCCUCAUUCCUGUAGAUCAGAGAUGGUGUACUAUUCCUGUGAUUGAUUAUAGGCUUAUCCGGCUUUGCACUGAAGACGCAAGCAUCACAGUCAGCUGGGUAUACUUUUAGCCAGGCUACCUUUGUAAUUUAUGCUUCUUCAGCACGUAAGAGUUGGAGCCAUCAACUGCUCAGGUUGUAGGAAAAUGAGAGGGGGAGGCAGGACUCUCUUCUGAGCUGGGGCAGGGUUGGGAGGGUUGGGGUCGAAGGAAACAUGCUCGCCCAGCUCCAAGGAGGAAAGGAAGGUCAUCUUAUCCCACCCCCACUGGGUACACUAAGCAGUACUACAUAGAACUUCCCUUUUCACAUUUAAGACAACAACGGGAAAAAAUGGAUGCCAUCUUUGUAGCUAGAGCUGAAUGCUGAGCACCAUUUGUUUGGCGGGGGGCGGGGGUAGCACAUAUUCAGGGUUAGGAGAGAGAAUGUAGCCGGAUGAGGAACCGACUGUCCAGUGUAAGUGAGUCAGGAGAAAGCAGCGGGCCCAAGCAGACAGAGCCUCUGGGUUAAUUCCCAGAACUGGCCGAGGCUCAUUUCAUCUCUAGUGAUAGGAAGUUUUAAAAAUCACUUUUUGGUUUUUUGUUGCUUUUUCCAGAGAAAGCCUUAGUUAGUAGCCUCUAAAUAUCAACUAUGCAGGUAAACAUACAAGUUUUCCACAUUUUCCCUCGUGUUCCAUUCUUUAAAGAACAGAUGUGAAUGAAGACUUCUGCCCAAAGAAAUAAGACAUAAGGGUUUUGUUGAAUGUGUGUUCGUUCCUCUAGGGAAAAUUAAUGAAAACAUAAAAAUAGACAUAUUUUAUGUGUUCAUCUAUCCUAAAAUGUGAGCAUAAUAUUCAGAAACUAAGUGCAGAUUCUUCUACUGGUGAGGAUCAUGGAAUGUCUUUGUGUCGUUAAGAUGAAACCAUCCCAGUGUUCAAUUCUGAGAAAGUUUUAGAUUCUUUGGCACAGUGUUCAGGUCUGUGGAGCUGAACAGAUGGUCAGACUCUGAUUAAAAAGUAGCUUUGAAUAUUAAUGUCCAGUUCUUACUCUUUCUUCGUUUUCUUAAGACUUCACUCUUCUUUGCCCUGGUGUUAAGUUAACCAUUUCAUUGGCCAGUUGCUGCACCAGAAUAUAGGUUGCUGGGCGUCUGGGGAGGAAAGGUUACUCUGUCGUUGCCGUCCUGAUCGCAGGCACAUUGGCCUCUGUCCCCAAGGACCUCAAACGGAAAAGCCGCAGGCGUGUCCCAGGGGCUCUUUACACCCAGCGCAGCCUGAGAGGGCGGACUGGGAGCACUUUCAUCAGAAGCUGCCCUUGAAUAAGCUGAUUAAAUUGCGUUUUUCUCAGAUGCUCCCACAGUACCUUUUGUGUGAAAGUAGCCACUUGUGAUCUUGAUUGAAUGUCUUCGUACUGUAAUUUCUUCCUACGUCUCCUUCUCCAUCUUUCUUACAUAAUUUCCACUUUAGAGCAGGUUAGUACUUACAUUUUGGACACCUUUCCAAACUGUUACCCAAACAGGUCGAAAACACUCUUAGAGAGAUCCCAGUGGUAUAAUUAAGGGGGUCUCUAUGUCCGGGGCUUAGACUCGUCACUGGUGACCCGAAUUUUUUUCUCUUCUCAUUCGUGUUAAAAAUAGAUUUCUCUGCUAUAUAUAAUGUGGUAGUAGCUAGGGGCAUUGCAUGGCUUCCUCUUGAUACUUUUCAAGAUUUUUCCGAAGAGGUGCAGACCUUUGUUAGGGCUCCUGUUUCUCGUGAUACUUUUGCUUAUUUUCAUACUUGCCCUGGAAUAAACCGACUUUGCAAAGGUCUGCGUCAAAUAGGUCAUAUGAAUCCUCAGUUUUCUUAUGUUCUUCAGAAAACUCUCUCUAUGUUAUUUGCUCCUACUUUGCCAACAAGAAUUCUCUUUUAUCUUAAAGCUAGUUUUAAAAUAUUUUGUAACAGAGCACUAACAAGACCUAACUGAAAUGCACACAAGAUGAUGAUUACCCAAGAGAACCUGAACAUCCUUGUGCUUCUAAGUCAACAGCUCCCUCUACCGGCCGAGCACAUUUAGGGGUCAGCCGUAACCAAGACCAGCCCGCUGGCGUGCUUUCUAUGUGAUAACCUGCUUUUACUUUGUCAGAUCUUAGCUAUCUCUUAUAUUUUCUGUCCUUGAGGCCACAAACUUCCCUCCUUUUUUGCUUCCCUUUUCUAUUUGCAAGGGUAGUGGACCCUGCGCCAGCAUACUAUGUUUUCUUUCCCGUACCUAUAAAAUUACCAAGAAUUACCCCCAAUUUUGGCCAGAGGCAUUAAAAGAGAAGUUGUUUCUCAGCUGACAAAGAACGGUAUUACUGUUUUAUAUAGGUGGUUGGAAAGUUGACCAAGUUUGGCCAACUUUGAAAAUCCUGGCUAUGCUUACAUAACUAAUCACAUAGACCUGCUGAGACCUUCAGAUAAGCAAGGGGCCCUUUCACCAGUAGAGGUAGGUUCUCAACCUGCAAAUAAUUUCCUCUGAGCUGUGGCCAACCUCCAGAGAAAGGAUUCACGCUUCAUACUGUUCUUUUGUUGGCUGUCAUUGAAAAAUUAUAUUAUAGAAAGUUAUCAAAAAUAGCUAAUUGUUCUUAAGAAGAGUAUGUAAAUCUGGAGCCUGUCCUUGUCUGUCACUCACUAAACACUGUCAAGCCUGAAAGAAGAGGAAGGGUAAUCUCUGGCUGGUGAAAACUUUGUGCCCUAAGUCUGCCAAGGUAACCAAGUGGUGAGUGUUUCCUCUCCCAUUACCAGCAAGAAAGUUGAUUUGCGGUUGUACAAAUUAUGGUGGGACUGCAGACCUAUUUGCUAUAACUAUUGGAAAUAAGGAUUCAGAUUUUUUAUCUAAGUAAGCACAUAGUUCCAACCCCUGCAGAAUGCAUUUUGAUAAAGGAAAGACUUUUGUUGGGUAACAGAAGGAAAAACAGGACUUAUUUAUACAGUGAAUGUUCCCUCUGUGAGGAGCUGCCCUCCGGUUACAGAUGUUUUCUCACUUUGGCCACCUCCACACUUGAUGCCAACGUGUUUUCCACCCCGUCUUGAAGGAAGGAGCCCAAGUCAUUGCUGCUCCUCUGGGUGAAAGGCCCUGAUUACCGUACUGCAUUUGUUUAUAGGGAGGUGCGUUUUUGCUAACUUGAAGGGAUAUACUGUAUUUUAAAUAAGUGUGUAACUUAAUAUUUUGGAUUUUUUUUUCCUCCUUUAAAACUGGACCUGAACACAGCUUUGCGUUGGUAUUUGUAAUAAUCUCAGGACCUGAAAGAUUGUAGCAUUUAGUGUGUCUUAAAAAUUAUGUACUGUACCAGCCAUGGAUUUUUGUAAAUAUACCUGUCUCCCUUUUUUGUAUUAUUUUAGUAAAAAAAUAAUAAUAAAUUUAAAUAAAAGGGGGUGGUGAUGAUACAUGAGUGGGUGUGGGUAUGUAUGUGUGUAUGUUUGUAUAAGGCUCUCUUGAGAUGAACUGGUGCUUGUUUAAUUUCCGGCUCUAAUCAGAGCAGGAAUAUGGACAAACUGCUGCUACUGAACCCUGCACUGAGCCACGGUGUUUCCAUUGUGUUUCCUAGCGAUCGAUUAAACACAGGCGACCAGUGGAUAAUUACGUUAAUUCUCCUCCUCCCGCUGCCACCUUGCCUUUGCAUUUUCGGUUCUACACCCCUUCUGAAUUUCAAUGGUAAAAGCUCUCCAAACUUUGGGUGGUUUGUGGCUCUCGAGUUUUUAGAGAGCUCUUGUCACUGUUCUCUAAGAAGAAAGAAGGACAGGCAAAUUUUUUUUUUAACCAAAACCAAAAACAAAAACCAAUCACAUUUCAUAAAACCGUGAUGAAUUGUGGAUACGUGAGAGGGCUUAAACAUUCCUAAAUGUGGAUCUGUGAAUUUAAUAAAUUAACCCCAUCGAUAUACUCCUUCAGUGCAGGGAUUUUUUUUUUUUUUUUUCUUGCAACAGCCUUGCUCAUAUUCCAGGUGUAGCUAAGCAAACCCCUGUUUUAAAGCAGGAGCCUUAUUUGAUUCAGUGUAGAUGUUUUCCUGUCUAUCCUUUGUGACAGGGCCUUUUACAUGAGUGUUUUUUCUUUUUGUAUGUGUUAUGUGUUUGUUGUAUUAAAUAAAGAGGAAUGUACAUAUUA